CUUGGUGGUCCUGAUUACUGCACACUUGACUACAGCUGCUUGUAUACACACAGGUUAGUGUUGAGUGGACCUACUACCAACCAAGUGGUGAGCAAGGCGGUGGAGGGAGGCACUGUGGGCACUGUCACUGACAUCAAGAUUGAAAACUUUGAUAUUGCAUUUGGAAACCAUGUCCUGUUGUCCAAUGCCAACCUGACUCUGGCUAGACGGAGGAGGUACGGAUUAGUAGGACGAAAUGGUGUUGGCAAGUCCACCCUCCUCCGCUCUAUGGCGUGUCGUGAGCUGCGUCUACCAGCUGGUGUGAGUGUACUACACGUGGAGCAAGAGGUCACCAGGGACAACACACUAGCACUGGAUAGUGUACUCAAGUGUGACACUGAGAGAGUGCAGCUGCUCGCUAGAGAGGGGGAGCUACUGCAUGGCCUCAGGGGACAAGGACACAGCAGCAGCGCUUCUGAUGAGCUGGCUGAGGUAUACCUUCCACUUCAGGAGAUAGACGCUGACAAAGCACCAGCAAGAGCUGGCUGUAUUGUGGCUGGUCUGGGGUUCACUCCACAGAAAAAUGAGAUUUUAUCUGGCCAGGACACUGUUUGCAAGACUCUACCUAUUUCCCGGGCCGUUGUGCAGAGGUGUGUGUACGUGGGAAGGUGAUCGGGAAACUGGGCGUGUUCCAUCCUGGUGUGUCUGUUGUGCAGCUCUAGUGUGUGUGAGACUGGGAGGUGUGUCUGGUGCAGCUGUUCUCACGGCCUCCUCUAACCAGUACCUGCCCUCCGUACUCUCCAGUGAGAACCUAUCUCCUCAGGGUCUCCAUGGUGAUAUCGUGCAGGUGGCGGGCAUCAACACUGGUAUGGCCAAGGUCAAGGUCCGUCUGAGGGAGAGGGCGUGGCAGGGGGUGGAGCCUGAUAUCAUCAAGCUACUAUUCAUUGAGAACAUGGGAUGUGUACAUUCUGCCACUGCCACCCACGGAGGUCAAGGGUCACCGGACUGGAAGCCAUCCUACAAGACAGCUAAAUUAUUGUGUGGGUGUGUGGAUCAUUAUCUCGUUGCUUAAUA